CCCCGCUCCCUCCGCCGGGGCUCAGGCGAAGACGCGCUGCUGAGGAAAAAGAGACGCCGGAGCCAGUGGAGGGCGGGGCUUUGGAGCGAAUGGGAAAUAACAGGAAAGGUGCAGUCAUGGAGAAAAGGAAAAAAACGAAGCGUCUCGCAUCAGAACAGGAUCCACCGGCGAAGGAACCGGAUUUGAAAAAACAGAAAGCCAAGGGAGAGGUGGAGGAGGAGGAGGAGGAAGGGGGAAUGAACCAGGAACUGACCGCCGUGGAGAAGAGAACCUUGGAAAGAAAGCUGAAGAAAGAGCGAAAGAAGGAGCAGAAGAAAUUAAUGCGAGAGGCGGGGAUCGUCUCCAAGAAAAAAGAAGAAAUCAAAAAACCGUCCGGUUCUGAACUGGCACUGGAGUAUUUGACAAGCUGGUCUGAAAACCCAGAAGCAUGGAAGUUCCAGAAGACCAGGCAGACGUGGCUUCUUUUGCACAUGUACGAUAAAGACAAGGUGCCCGUCGAAUAUUUUUCCAUUUUGCUGCGGUACCUCGAAGGGCUCCAGGGUACCGCACGGACCGUAACUGUGCAGAAAGCGGAAGCGCUCGUGAAAGAAUACGACGCUUCCGGAACGGAAGAUCCUGGCCUUCUCGAGAAACGUGAGCGCAUCCGGAAUGUUCUCCAGUUGCUGUCAUGAAAACGUGGCAUCUUUAAAGAUCCUUUCUAGAUCCGUCCGUCUCCCCCCACACACACACAUAUCACAAGAGCACAACUGAAUAGAAUCCGUAGCUUUUAUAUGAAAUGGAACUCUCAGAAAGCAGAAUUAGUAGAUGUUUCAAAAGUCGGGAAACGAUUGCAGCAAAUUUCAGUUGACAGCAUCGCGUGGACUCCAGCGAGAAUCUGACUGCUCUUCUUUCCGGAACUGUUCUUUUAACACUGCCCAUGUAAUUAUUAUUAAGAAUGUCUGCAUCUGUUCACGAUGAGGUUCUUUUUUCCCCACCCACCCUCAAGGAUGCUUUUAAACCAAACUGUGAGGCAAUCUGUCUUCAUCGCACGCGUCUCCUUCAACCUACUCGCCACUGGUUUCAUCACUUGUUUUAUACUGUCUGUUCGCCUUGGAGACCCAGAGGAUAUGGGUUCGGGUCAGCCUGCCUUUAUGUCUGAAAAGUGCCAUUUAAAAAAUAAUAAUAAUAAUUAGCUAUAUCACACAAAGAUGAAUGGGCAAAGCGGUGGGCUCUUCCACCUGACGUGAUCAAUAAAAGGACGUUCUGCUUACGCUUUGA